AUAAAAAAUAAUUUCAAUAAUUUAUUUAUAUUGUUAAAAAUUUCAAUAUUUUCAUCAGCAGUUCAUAUUUUAAAUUGAAAUUUAUUAAAACUUUUGAAUGUUUUAUUUGCUUUAUUUGAUUAUUUAGUAAUGUAAAUUGCCGUAAGAUGGUGCUGUUACUUUUUUUACUCUAGAAUUUGAUAUUAUUUUAGAAAAAAGAAUUAUAAUAUAAUAAUUUUAUCAAGACAACUAUAUUACUCGUUCUAUAAAUGUAAAGAAAGUGAAGAAUUUUUAUUUGUGCAUCAAAUAAUAAGUACGUUUUGUUCAUAUGCUUAAUUGUAUUCGACAGUAUGGACCAAUCAGGAACGUUCUAUGGAAACAUCAGUGAUUAUUGAAUUACGAUAUAAAUAUUUAUAGUAAUCUACUCUGAUGAAAUAUAUACGGCCGAUUUAUAAAUUAAAAUAUAUGUAUACGGAUAUACAUGUAAUCACGCAUAUAAAAAUAUAAACAAUAGUAAAAUCAAUUUUUUUCAAAUAAUUUGUUAACCAAUCGUAGAUGACUACGAAUAUUGGAAAUGCUUUCAGUGCGGAUUUUCCUUUGUUAUUCCUAUUCUGUUAACGUAGUAAAGUUUCCAACGCGUAACGAAUAAAAAGAAAAAAGAAAGCUUCGUAUUCAUGAACAGUCACUAACACAACAAUGUUUUUUCGACCUAACUAUUUGUAAUGUGUGGUUGUGUUGUCAGUUACACGUGAUCAUUGUUGUGAAGUAAAGUACAUCGUUUCCCGGUAUCCAUGAAUCAAGCCAACGCGCGUAGUCUUUCUUUCCACACAAUUGUAUUUUAUUAAAUUAAAUAUAUUUUUCGUUCUCUAGCGUAUAUGUACAAUAAAAAUAUUUUGUUUAAUUUACGUGCGUUUAAUAAAAAAUAUCAUAUAAUGGGUUAAUCUUAUUCAUGUAUUUUGUUUGUAUUAAAUUAUUACGUAUGUUUUUGUAAAAGUGAAAAAAGUAACACGUAAUAAUUAUUCAAAGAUAUAUUUGUUAUUUAUACAUUGUUCGAUUGUUCGAAUAUCAUCAAAAAGAUAUGAACAUGUUAUCACAAGACUCGAUAUCUUUGUCCUUACCUGACACACAAAACAUAGACGCUGUGGCUCUCACGCAGUCUCAAGAUUUACCUGUUUCACAACAAAAAACUGUGACUAUUUGGGGAAGAUUAUGUCCAAACAAGCUUCCUUUUAAACCUUUAGAAAUGACUAAGGACGAAUAUACUCUCGGUCGUGCAGAGAGUUGUGAUAUUUGUGUGAAUUCUAAAGAAUUUAGAGCUAAGUGGGUGAGUGUAAUAAGUAAAGUGCAUUUUAGGAUAAUCAGAGAAUAUAUUGGUGAAAACACUAAUGAUUCAGUAGUGUAUCUGGAAGAUCUUAGUCAUAAUGGAACUUUUGUUAAUAAAGAAAGAGUUGGAAAUCGUAAACGAGUAGUAUUAGAAAGUAAUGAUGUGAUAUCUCUUGCACAACCUUAUUUUGCAGUAUAUAUAUUCAUGAGUACAACUGCAUUUGAGGGUAAUGAAUUGCCUAUGGAAUUAAAGAGCAAAUAUGCAGUUUCACGUAAACUAGGUUCAGGUGCUGGUGGAGAAGUAAAAAUGGUAUUUACUAAAAAUGGUUGUAAAAAGUUUGCGAUGAAAACUAUAGUCAAAGCAGUGAGUAAUUCAAAUGGAUAUAAGCACGGUUUAAAUGAUCCUGAAAAAAUCAUGAAUGAAGUUAGGAUUUUGAAAGCUUUGAGGCAUCCAUGUGUGAUUCGUAUGGAAGAAAUUGUAGAUACUCCAAGCACUGUAUAUAUUGUUCUUGAAUUAAUGGAAGGCGGAGAACUAUUUGAAAGGAUAACAAGUAGGGGCAGAUUAACAGAAAAUCAUACCAAACUGAUAUUUUAUCAAGUUGUAUUGGCAGUUCAUUACCUUCAUGAAUGUGGUAUCACCCAUAGAGACUUAAAGCCUGAAAAUAUAUUAUUGGCAAGCAAUGCAGAUAUAACUUUAGCUAAAGUAUCAGACUUUGGUUUGUCAAAAUUAGUUGACGCGCAAACCAUGAUGAAAACAUUUUGUGGAACACCAAUGUAUGUAGCACCUGAGAUAUUGUUAACAGGUGGACGUGGUUCAUAUACAAACAAAGUAGAUAUAUGGAGUCUAGGUGUAAUUUUAUAUGCUUGUUUAAGUGGAGCAGUUCCAUUUAACAUUACAUGUAAAGAAGUUACUUUGCAAGAUCAAAUAAAAAGAGGACUUUAUGGGUUUCCGAGUUCUAGAUUUGGACAUGUAUCGGAUAAAGCUAUUGAUUUGAUCAAACGUAUGAUGACAGUAGACCCUAAGAAACGAAUUACCAUCAAGCAGGUGUUAUUACAUCCUUGGCUACAAGAUCGUUUUAUGCGUAAUACUGUACAUUCAUUAAUUAAUUAUGGUAAGGACGAGAACUGCCCUCCUGUAAAUUUACUUACAGAUGAUAGAUAUAAACAUGACACGCAUGCAGGUCUGUUGAAACGACCAAGAAUAGACUUAUAAAUAUUUUGACUAAACACAGUCUGCUAGCGGGUCUAUGUAAUUAUUAGUACAAAUAAUGAAGAGAGUAUUGACUUUUUUAAAAUAAAAGAAUUAUGUUAAUCACA